UAGCCAUUCUGCUGAGGAACACCCCCUACAUUUACGCUUUACGUGAAAAAAUAGAGGUGGCUAAGAAAACGUGCGCUAUAGUUAGCUAGCUGUGUCUCAUUCGGACAAUUAGCUACCUAUCCCAGCUAGCUAGCUGUGUGUCAUUCGGACAAUUAGCUACAUAUCCCAGCUAACGUUAGCUUUUUGAGCAGGCUUUUGCCUCCUUGCAAACGACUGGUGUUGGUUAUCUAGUUAGCUAAUGCUACAUAGCUUCCUACUCACCAGGUAUGAAACUCCAAAUCAUUUAAAAACGAAAUUCCAGUAGGAAGAGUCAUGCAUCCCAGCGUGCUAAAUCUCAAGCACUGUAUUGUUUUAGUUAGCUACCUACGUACCAAUUAAAAGGCACCACGCUGCGGGCAACUAUUAGUACUGCCUAUAGUGACUAGAUUGCGAGCUUAGUCUCCAAUGUGUGCACUGUGCUGCGUUGUGACCAAUGCUGCGUUGUUGGUGAAGCUAACCCUAAAGUGUCACCGUUUUGAAUUUUUCAGCGUCCGGCGGUGCAAAUAAGCCGGCUGACUGCUUCACGCCACUUCCAAAUUCAAAGAGGACUAUGGGUUUGGUGAAUUUCCUAGGGCAUCCGACACUUUAGAUGGCGACAGAGAUACCAGCGAGGCCCUGAGUACAUUUUACAAACGAAGAAGGCGUCUAUCCCACAGAUGCAAACGCGAAAAAUGGAGUGUAAGCAUGUGUCCGCCUUUGCGUUGUAUCAAAACGUGCCUAAAGAAUUGACUCCUGCAGCUGAGCCAUCAUCCUUGCAGUUAACUUUAAAGAAAAAAAAGAGGAAGGAAAAUGGUAUCCAGCACACAAAAGCCAUUAAAAAGGCCAAAAGAAGUCAUGUGGGCAUGAAGAUGAAGAGAUUGGCUCAAAAAGAGAGACUUACAGAGGAAAUAACAUGUCUAGAACGAAAUGGUGAGGCUCUAGACGCUCUGCUGAUAGACCUAUCCAAAGUGACCAACAGCAGAGAAAGAGCCAGCAAACUAUUCCAGUGGCUGAUUUUCCCCAUUCCCUCCAAGAGUUUUCUCAGGGAUACUUGGGAAAAGAAGCCCAUUCACAUUUCACGCAAGAAUGAAGAUUACUAUAAGGGACUGUUCUCCACAGCAGAGUUUGAUCGCAUCUUGAGACAUGAUGAUGUUCAAUAUGGAGUCAACUUGGACAUCACCAGCUACACCAAUGGCAAGAGAGAGACACACAACCCUCCAGGAAGGGCUUUGCCCUUCACUGUAUGGGAUUUUUAUGAGAAUGGUUGCUCCUUGCGCAUGGUGAAUCCACAGGCUUUUUCCUCCACUGUGUGGAAUGUGCUGUCCAUCCUUCAAGAGCACUUUGGCAGUAUGGCAGGAGCCAAUGUGUAUCUGACACCUCCUGGAACACAGGGCUUUGCUCCUCAUUAUGAUGACAUUGAGGCAUUUGUAGUUCAGCUGGAAGGGAAAAAGCAUUGGAGAGUAUACAACCCCAGGUCAGAAGAAGAGGUUCUGCCUGUUUUGUCAAGUUCCAACUUUAGCCAAUCAGAGAUUGGGAAGCCCAUCUUGGAGGUGGUGCUGGAGGCUGGAGACCUCCUUUAUUUUCCAAGGGGGUUCAUUCACCAGGGAAACUGCCUCCCAGAUACACACUCCCUUCACAUCACCAUCUCCUCUUACCAGAAAAACAGCUGGGGAGACGUGUUGAUGAAGGUGGUCCCAGCAGCACUGGAGAUGGCCAUGGAGGAGGAUGUUGAGUUUAGACGAGGACUACCUCUGGAUUACCUGACAUUCAUGGGAGUCCAAAACUCAGACAAGGAUGAUCCACGCAGGACCCAGUUUCUAUCUCAUAUAGACAGACUGAUAAAGAAGUUGUCCACUUAUGCCCCUGUGGAUGCUGCUGUGGAUCAAAAGGCAAUACACUUCUUCCAUGAUUGCCUGCCCCCCAUGCUUACUCCAGAGGAACAUGAGACCAGUGUGCAUGGUGCUCCUACCAGGUGGCAGGAUGGGGAGGCCAAGGAUGUGGGCAGACACAUCAGGAGCCAGACCAGAGUUCGUCUAAUUCGUGCUGGGUGUGCCAGAUUGUGUAGUGAUGGUGAGGCAGUCCAUCUUUACUACACUGCUGAUAACUCCAGGGUUUAUCACAAAGAAGAGCCUAAGAGCUUUGAAAUAAAACCAGAGCAUACCGAUGCCAUGGAGUAUCUGAUCAAUUCUUAUCCAGAAUAUGUGACAGUGGGCAGCCUACCAUGUGAAUCAUCUGAGGUCAAGAUUUCCUUGGCUGAGGUUCUGUUUGAGAGAGCAAUUAUUCACACAGCAGCUCCUCUGUAACCAUUGACAAAUGUGUUCAAGGUUAGUCUUCAGAAUCUGUGCUGCUACAGUUGCCAAUGCCAUGUCACUUUCAGAAUAUGAUAUACUUUAUCUUGUUCAUUGUUCUGAAAUAAACCUUAUAUGUUA